GUUAGCCGUAUUGCGAAUAAGAAUGCAAACAGGUCAACUCGUCACAAUGGGAGAGAACGCUGGCUGCAUAUACAUGCGGAUCCGCCAUGAUGGAUUCAUUGCUCAACUCACUUAUUUAACUGUAGAUAACAGAUCUGUCCGCGUGUAUAGACGCCUCUUCGUCGCAGUGACAAAAUCGGUCGUCUGUUCGCGCAUCCUCAUUUGCAAUAUAACUGACAAAAACAGGACGAGCUGGAUAUUUUAUUCAUCUUUAAAGAUUGAAUCAUAUUUAGGGAAUUCUUUUUUCAAUCGAAACACUGAAUAUUAAGAAACAUAAUGUACUAACUAAGCACAUGUAUUUUUAAAAAGAAUUGGAAACGAAAAAUCAGACUUGAAACGCACUUCUAACAAAUCUAGAGCAGUAAUAAAUUAAAUUGACAUGCAAUUUAAUAAUAAUGAUGCUCAAUGAAGACAAGAGGAAAUAAAUAUACUGAGGCAUUUAAUCUUGAGAUUUGAUUUAAAGAUAUAGAAGACUUUCAAGUUUACCACAACAAUGUCGAGUUGCUUCAUUUUGAUGCUCCUUGUGUAUUUGUAUUGUAUUUUAAUCGGCCUUGUGACAACAUCGAAAUCAUUCGAGUCAAUUUUAUUAAUAGAUCCUUCCAUCACUUAGCCAUCAUGUCUGGACGAUAAAUUUGAUGAAAGGAUUGCUUCGCAAAGGCCAUCAUGUACACGUAGCACACAGAGAUUAAGAUCAAAGAUAAACCGCAGAAUUUGAUGUACGAUGUAUUCGAUGGUUUGAUGAAAGUAAUGGAAGAAUCUGAAGCGGAUUACAAUCCGGUUGAAUGGGAACAGUAUAGCACAUUUUAUAUGAUGUAUUCUGUAUACCAAUGGGGAAUUCAUGCAUGUGACAUAAUUGUAAAAACAAAAGCAGCGAAAAAGCUUUUGGAAAUGAUCAAUACUAAUGUUAAAGAUAAACCCAUAGUAGGAUAUAUUCCGUAUAGUCCUGCACCUUGGCUCAAAGAUAUUACCGGAGGUCCAAAUUAUCCAACUAUUGGUCCUUAUGCAUAUUUACCUGUUGCGAAACCUAUAGGUUUAUGGCAGAGAACAUGGAAUACUGUAUGUUUUACUGUUGAUGAUUUCAUACGACAUUACUAUUUCUUGCCUAUUAUGCAACGGCUUGCUGAGAAAUACGUAGGCCACGCAAUUAGACCAUUACAUGAAGUAGAAAAAAACGGUAUUGAUAUUGUACUACUCAAUAGUCUCGAGCAUGGAAUUCCAUUGUCUCCGAAUAUUUUGGAGAUUGCAGGACUGAAUGUUCAGGCCAUAAAACCGAUUGAUGGCGAAAUAGUCGUAACAUAUCCCGAGGAUAUACGCGCAUUCCUUGAUGGAGCAAAAAAUGGAGUUAUCAUAGUAUCGUUAGGAACAAAUGUGAGAUGGAAAUUUAUCGGAUUAGACAAAAUUAAGAUUGUUUCAUUGGCUCUAUCGAAAUUAGAACAACGAAUAUUAUGGAAGCUAGAUAUUGAAGUACCAUUUGAAAUACCAGACAAUCUGAUGAUUGUAAAAUGGAUGCCGCAAAGCGAAGUUUUAUCUCAUAAGAAUGUCAGAGCAAUUUGGACUCAUAGUGGUCUUCUCAGUACACAGGAAGCCAUUUGGAAAGUACCAAUGAUUGUAAUGCCUUUCUAUAUAGACCAAAAUUUCAAUGCACAAAAAUUAGUAGCUAAGGGUGUUGGAAUAUACUUGGAUGUUAAAACAUUGUCCACGCAGACUGUAUUACAUGUAGUCGAAGAAAUACUUUACGAUGAAAGACAUACAAGAAACAUGAAACAAUUAUCUAGUGUCCGAGAUCGACCAAUACCACCGUUAGAUUUAGCUAUUUGGGGCAUUGAAUAUGCAGUCCGACAUCCAAAUAGAACUUUAGCAACUCCACUUAGAUAUCAAAGCUGGAUGGAACAAAAUCUAAUUGACGUUUAUGCAUUUUUAUUGUUUAAUUUUACUAUAAUAUUGUUAAGUAUAUUCUUAAUAAUAAAAGUAUUUAUUAAGUUU